UUUGUUGUUUGAUAGUGACCCUCCACUAACACGUUCCUUUGCAUAACCUCCUCCCCUUCUCUCUCUUUCUCUUUCCCUCUCUCUCUCUUUAUCUUAUAAUCAAUCUACUUGGAAUCUUUACCAGUUGUAAAUAAAUCAUCUUGAGCAGAUAAGACUGGUGGUUGAGGCUUGUGAAGAUUACAGGCAAGAAAGGCUCUUCUUUUUUCUUUUGAUAUAAUUUUCAGAAUCUUGCAUGUUUUAAUUCCAAGGCUUUGUUUUUCAAGGUACUUAGAUAUUACUUCCGAUUUGAUGCUAUAACACAUUCCUCAAUUAGAUAUUAAUAGCUCAUAAAUGGGGUCUGAAGGGCCUUCAACAGUAACAAUUCAUGUGACUGGUUUUAAGAAAUUCCAUGGAGUUUCAGAGAAUCCAACUGAGACUAUUGUCAGUAAUCUCAAAGAGUAUGUGAAGAAGAAGGGUUCACCAAAGGGUCUGGUUCUUGGAAGUUGCAGCAUUCUUGAGACUGCAGGACAAGGAGCAGUUGUUCCCCUAUACCAGACAUUGCGAUCUGCUAUCAGCGAGCAGGAUUCUUCAAAUUCCAGUAGAAUUAUUUGGGUACACUUUGGUGUUAAUAGUGGUGCAACAAGGUUUGCUAUUGAGCAUCAAGCUGUCAAUGAAGCUACUUUUCGUUGCCCUGAUGAGAUGGGAUGGAAGCCUCAGAAAGUCCCCAUUAUUCCUUCAGAUGGUGGAAUUUCACAUAUACGAGAGACUUCUCUUCCUGUUGAGGACAUAACAAAGGCCUUGGCAAAGAAGGGUUUCGAGGUGAUGACCUCAGACGAUGCAGGCCGCUUUGUAUGCAACUAUGUCUACUACCAUUCCCUUCGGUUUGCAGAGCAAAACGGGAUCAAAUCGCUCUUUGUUCAUGUGCCUCUGUUCUUGACCAUAGAUGAGGACACACAAAUGCAAUUUGCUGCUUCCUUGUUAGAGGUGCUCACUUCAUUAAAUUAGCAGUCCAUCAUCAUCCAACCAUAUCUGUAUGCCAAAGAGCUUGAUCGAAAAGCUAGUAUGAAGUUGCCACGUUUAUUAAGGUGGAUCAACGCUUCAUAAAUGGAAAUGCUUGAAUAAUCAGGAAGUGUAAUCAAAGCGAAACUGUAUUGAAAGAACAUUCUUAAUUGUGAUGUAUUUUUCCAUAAGUGUUUUCCAGCAGGUUCCGGUAACUUGCCGAAAUUUUUCAAUCCAAUAUGUGAAUGACAUCCCAGUUUGCUCAUGGAGCUUGCUAA